AUGGCAAAUAAUAUGAAGCACCCAUUGGAAGAUCCACCAUCCCUAUCUUCAAGCGCCGCCGGCGAGUUCUUGUUCAUUUCAUCUCAAGAAGAAGAUGAAGAAGACCAGCAGCAUACCAUCUUUUCUUCUGAUGAGGGCGAACCCGAAGAUCCUCCACCGAGGAGUUCCAGCGAGGCUCUGCUGUUUGGUAGGAGGAUCUCAACCAACGUGAGAUCGAAGCGAGCCAGGAGAAUGUAUACACAAGGUGAGAAAAUAGGAGCAGAUCAUAGAAGACUGUUUAGUGAGAAAGAUGAGAUUGUUUUGUUACAAGGUGUAAUUGAUUCCCAAGUGGAGAAUCCAUUAGGAGACAAUCGCUCACUCUACGAAUCCAUCAAGGGUUCUUUUAGCUUCGAUAUUACGUUGAGACAGUUUAGCGAGAAGCUUCGGACUAUGAGGAGGAAAUAUACAACUAAAGAAAUGAGGGGUGAACAAGCUUCUGCUUCGAAUCCUCAUCAACAGAAGUGCUUUCAGUUGUCAAAGGCUAUUUGGGGAGUUGAAGGGAUAGCUUUUGAAUCUGCUAACGGUAAAUCAAAGGAGAGUAAGAAGGUUGACUUAGUCACUCCACGUAAGGGUAAGAAUAAUGUUCAAGAUGGUAGUAAAAGAGAAGAUAUGAAGAAGUCACCACAUGUUGUGAUAAAAUCUGAUUGGGAUGAAAGUUCGUUUUUUCUUGGUAUGGAUUUUCUGAAAGAAAAAUGGACCAAGGUGCCCACUGAGACUAAGAAGAAAACCCAAGAAAAGAUGAAGAAGUUGCAUGCUAAUGAACUUGAAUGUCAAAAAUAUGAAGAGAUGCUGAAGGAUAUGAAAGUUAAAUGUGAACAUGACAAGGUAGAGCUGUUGCAUGAGGUUACCUCUUUGAUCAUGGCAGUAGAAUAG